AAAAUUGCAGAGUGAAGUGGAAGGAUUUGGAAUCCGUUUGAACUUUCCGUCAAGCUCAUUUGAGUGAGCACUGAUCGGUGCACCGAUCUCCACAGUCUGAUCUUGUUCCCCUGAUCCAAAGUUGAUUACUAUUCGUUAUUUGUGUAAAUCCAAGUAAUGAUUUGUGUUUUGCUUCAUAUGCUGGUACAUCAAUGAAGGCUCGGCAUAUGGCAUGAUCACACUCGGUUUCAGAGGCCUCUUUUGGGUUUCGGAGAGUUUUGGGACUGUUGUUGUGGGUUGGUCUUUUUUUCCUUCUUUCCUUCCCAAAAAAACAGAGAAAAUUUUCGCUCCUUGGUUUUGUUUUUCUACUUUGGGUUGGAUUGAAGUGAUGCUCGACUUCAGGGAAAGUUCCUCUGCGGUGGGGUUACGGUUAAGUUUAUGGAGGUAGGUAAUAUUGGGUGGGUGGGCAAGAUGGAAGAGAAUACUGAGCUCGAGGAAGGAGAGGCAUGCUAUAAAGAUCGUGACGACAACAUUGACCUUGGUUCUCUUUCUUGCAUUGAUGAGAGGAUUCAGCAUGUUCUUGGCCAUUUUCAAAAGGACUUUGAAGGUGGUGUUUCUGCUGAGAAUCUGGGUGCAAAAUUUGGUGGCUAUGGUACUUUCUUGCCUUCCUAUGAAUGUUCUCCUUUUCGAUCUCAUCCAAAGACCUCUCAAAAGAACUACUUGUCACUAAAAUCUCCUUACAAUAACCUUGUGGAGGCUACAUCCAACAAUUCAACAGUACCUUCACGUGUGCCUCCUUCUACAAGGCUUGGAACUGCUCCCUGUGGCACUAAUUCAUUACAAAAUGCAAGAGCAUUUUCAAUUGAUGAUUCGAUGAAUAAAGAUGUAGGAAUUUCUUCCAGUGUAGGUGCUGAAAGUUUUUCUUUCAAUGAUGAUAGUACUGAUAAGUCAGGAAAACCAACUGACCAAAGAACUCUGAAAUUUCGAAUUAAAAUGAAAUAUGAUAACUUAGCUCAAAAGAAUGCAGCGAUUUAUAGCGGUCUUGGGCUUGAUACCUCUCCAUCUUCAUCAAUGGACAACAGUCCCAUAGAAACUGGGAGAGUGCCACCUGUAUCUCAACAGACCGGUGAACAAUCUCCAACUGGCAUAAUUCAGGCUAUGACUUCCUUCCCCAUCCCAGGGGGUGUGCUAAUAUCACCUCUGCAAGAGAGUAUGCUUUACUUGAAAAGAAGGGAAAAAAUUCAUGGAGACGGAAAAUCUUUGUCUGCUCUUAAUGGUCAAGAAAAUUGUUCCAUGUCUGAUGAUUCAGAGUCUAUAAUGGGAGAGGAAGAUUUGUUGAAGAAGAAAAAAGUGAGAAUAUUGCAUCCAAAGAAAAGAUUAGGAAAUAAAACUCCAGACUGUAAGGAUUUUCUCUUUAAUGACUUGAAAGGCACCCCUCUGUUCAGUUCAUUCUGUGACGCUGGCAAAACUGCUGAGAUGAUUGGUAGAGCUUCUGAAGUCUCCAAGAAGGUCAGUAAGGAUGGGGCAAAUGGCAGAAUGGUGUCCACUGAAGCAGUGAAGGAGGAGUUGUUGGAGUCAAUUUCUGGCCAGGAUUUUGACAAUAGUGAUAAGAAACAUAUGGGAAGUGGUUCCAGGCAGAGGGUUAUAGAGCGUAAGCCGGCAAAUUCACUUAAAAAUAACUCUCUUGGUCCUAAUAAUAAUGGCCAGGGUAAAGGAUCUAUCAGUUCUCAGAAGGCUGACCUUGAUGUAAUAAAGUGUUUUGGUGAAGAUUCUCAAAAAGUUGAGACUAAUAGGAAAGGAAAGCUGUUAUCUGACGGCAAGCAUAAGUCUAAAGGGGAUCAGAGUCCCAGUAAAGCUGUUGCUAUUGCAAAAAAAGACACUUUCGAGGCGGGUAAUAAUGAAAUGGUAAACAAUAAAAAGAGUUCUGGCUUUGGCGAUGAUUCUAAAAGCAAAAUGGCUAAAACAAAGUCAUCAAAGUAUAAUGAUGUUGGAGGCAGUGGUGCACAUUCAUUGAAACAUGACGAAGUGGAAUGCAUAGCUGAUGGAACAGACCCAGUAGAUGGGAGUAAAUAUGAAGUUAAAAUAAAGGAAAGGCAAAGCAGUGAUAAAAUGGAGAAGUUGAUAUGUGGUCCAGGCAUAAAAGAUGCUUUAAAUGCAUGUCCUGUUGCCAGAAAUAAAUCUGCUCCUGAAAUGGUUCAAACGGCAGCAGCACCUCAACUUAUUGAAGAAAAUUGGGUUUGUUGUGAUCGUUGCCAGAAAUGGCGGCUUCUACCUAUUGGUAUAAAGCCAGAGCAGCUUCCGGAGAAAUGGCUGUGUAGUAUGCUAAACUGGCUGCCUGGAAUGAACCGGUGUGACAUCAGUGAGGAGACGACAACUAAAGCACUUUAUGCCUCAUGUCAAAUGCCCACUUCUGAAGGACUAAAUAACAUCCAAAAUUCUGCCUCUGGGGCUGCAACUGGACUGGGCUCUGCUGGUGCUUGGCAAUUGGGCCUCGCUCACCAGAACUCCUUUUCUGAUGCAUUGUCUGAUCAAAGGAAAAAGAAACUUGGUGCCAAGGAAAAGAAAAAGGCAGAAAUCAGUACUGAUAAUCUUCUGUCCUCUGAUGCCACUCAGAACCGUGCUGAAGAAUCUGGAAAAAUUCCAAGUCACGAGCAUCAUGCAGAGGGAAACCUAAUGAGGAGACCUAUUUCUCAACAAUAUAGCAAGUUGAAUAGCUUGAUAGAAGCAAAACACAUUCCAAAAGAGAAAGAAAAGAAAAUGAAUGGAGGUGAUGGAAAACAUGGUAAAUUGAAGCGUAAAAUGGAAGCUGAUAAACAUCAACCGAGAACUCUUGUGAAGCAGAAGACUGAAAAUAUUUACGUUGCUGAUACACAGCUGAGUCCUGGCAUGGACCUAGAGAAGGUGGCUCAAAAUUCAAUAAAUGGUUUUCCAACAAAGGCUAGUGGGAAGGAUAUGCGGAAAUAUGAUGAGUAUUGCUUAUAUGAAGAUGUAGCGGACAAGUUAGCAGGUCCUGUAAAGAAACAAGGAGACCAGACUCAGGUCUUGUCAGAUCAUGGGUCCCUGGAUCUAAAAAGCCAUAGUGAAAAUGGUUCUUCCUUGAAUAAAAGGAAAUCGGAGGACUGGCAGGAUGCCAAUAAGCUUCACAACAUGUCCUUGCAGGAUGAUAGACAGUAUGGUAAAGGCAGCGCAAGUGGCUGUAGGAAGGAAAAGAAGUUUAAAGUUUUGAACCCAGAGGCAAAGUUAUGCACUGAAAGUGAAUAUAAAAUGAAGAGAAAAGAUGAGAUGAAUCAAAGUUGCUUGUCAGGAAGUAAAAAUCAUGCUGCUAUUGGUGCAGAAGUUGGAAGUGUUGAUAAGAUCUAUCCUCAAAGAAAGCAUGAUGAAAAGUUUGCGUCUAGCAAAGUUUUGGAUGAUGGUGAUCCACUGGGCAGGGAUUUGGGCUCUGGAUUGCUAUCAUUGGCGGCAACUUCAAGCUCUUCUAAGGUUUCAAGUUCUCAUAAAUGUAAAACCAACCAUGCAGAUAUGAAAGGUUCACCAGUAGAAUCUGUUACCUCGUCUCCUUUAAGGAUCCCCAAUGACAGGAAGGGAAAGCUACCAGUAAAAGCGAAGGAGGAGAGAGUUUCAUGUGACUUUCAUUCUGAAUCCCUCAAAUUUGCUUCAAUUGGGUCCCAUGUUGGGGAUGCUGAAGACAAAGCUGGUAUUCAAGCUAAAACUUCUGAAGUUAGGGACAACCAUUUGCUUAAUUUUGAUGUUGCUACUGUACAACAACAUGGUCAUUGUGCUAAUUGCAAAAGCAGAGUGAAUAAGUGCAACCAGGAAAGUGCACUUUCUUGGGAAAAAUCUGGUAAGGUUGCGCCAUUGAGGGGUAAAGAAGAAGAUAAAUGGUCUGGUUCUGAGGUUGAUAGGAAUAAGACUAAGUUUUCUGCUUCAGAGAAUGGUUAUUUCAAAAAUAGUGGGGGCCAAGAAUCAGCUGCUGAUCCCAAUUGUGAUGCAUUUAGUCGGGGGUCAAAAAGUAAUGCCAAAUGUAGUUUUGCCAAGUCUAAAUGCGAGGGUAAGAAAAAUUCUGUUAGACUUUGUCCAGGUGAAAUUGGAAAGCAAACUGAACUAAGACGAAAAGAUUCUGAGAAAUCAGAUCCAAAAGUGGAUGCUUCAUUUAGCACUAGCAAAGAAAUUCUCUCCCAGGAAAACCUAAUACAGGAUUUAGAGGAUGGAAAUAAAGUUGAUACUGUUUGUUCAGAAUCACGAGAUGGCAAAUCAAAAGUUCUAUCAUCUUGGAUGGGUGAAGAAAAGGGGGAAACACUAUCAGGCUCCAGAACUGCAUGCGAGUCUAAAAAAGGAGAUACCUGUAUUGAGCAUCCAAUCCAUGCAUCAACCAGUGGUGAUGUGGGCAAGUUAACGAAAAUUUCUGCUGGUGCCAGCGGCAAGGGUGGGGUUAAUUGUAGUUCAGGAGCCUCUGGAGCUGAUCGGCCAUUCCCUGGGACGAUCCCAGUGAGAAAAAAUUCUAGCCAAAUGGCCUAUGACACCCUGAAAGAAGCCACAAACCUAAAAGAUAGAGCUGAUCAUUUUAAGAGCUCUGGGUUUGAAUUUGAAAGUAAUGAGACUUUCUUUGAAGCUGCCUUGAAGUUUCUUCAUGGAGCCUCGCUUCUAGAAAAUUUUGACAAGGAGAGUAGCAAGCAUGGAAAUAUAAGUCAAAUGCAAGCCUAUACUACUGCAGCUAAACUUUUUGCAUCUUGUGCCGAUGAAUAUGAAAGACACCACGAGAUAGCUGCAGCUGCCUUGGCACAUAAAUGCAUGGAGGUUGCGUAUAUGAGAGUGGCUUAUAGUAAACAUUCUAGUAUAAACAGGGAUCGAAAUGAAUUGCAAUCAACUCUACAACCGGCUCCUCAAGGUGAAUCUCCUUCAUCUUCUGCAUCAGAUGUUGAUAACUUGAAUAAUCAGGCAGCAGCGGAUAAGUUUACUUUGCUCAGGGGUACUGGGACUCAUGUUGUCAGUAACCAAGUUAUAUCUGCUCGACAUCGCUCAAAAUUUGCCCGUCUUCUUGACUUUACUCAGGAUGUAAAUUAUGCAAUGGAGGCCUCUAGAAAAUGCCAGAGUGCUUUCGCAGGUGCUAUCAUGAUCAUGGAAGAGGCACGGAAUGGGGACUGCUUAACUUCUAUGAGGAGGGUAAUUGAUUUGAGCUUCCAGGAUGUAGAUGAGCUUGUAGGUCUGGUUUGGACUGCAAGAAAAGCCAUAAGUCGCGCUCAUCUCAGUGGUGCUAGAGAUUAACUUGAUACUGUAUAUAAUGUAAGUUUUUGGUUUGGCUUCUCUACCAAUAUGGCAUCCGGAAAGGAAGGGGAAAAAGGGCAUCUUCAUAGGCUGACACUUUGAAACCUGCGAAGAGGCAGGUCGCCCUUCUGUACAUGUGUACAAAAUGAGAUUGAUUAGCAAAUUUUGUAAUCUAUUUUGAAUUUGCUCAGGUUCUUCUUGAUGUGGAAUGGGCACAAUACUCUCACCCUCAAAUUUUUGUAGGUUAGGAAGGGGGAUGAGAUUCCUGCUAUUUAACUGACGCAGGAUGCUCAUUUUAUUAUAGUUCUAUGCUAUAUUCUUUGCUCCACUGAGUUGGAGCCCAGGAAAAUAGAGUCUGGAAAUGUCAGGCAACAAUUUUUGAGGGCAUUGAAUACUCAUAUAGUUAUAAUUGGUCUAUUUUUUUUAUACAAAAGAAAUAGACUCUAUCAUCUUAUGGAA